AUGCGCUCCUCGCUCGCCUUCGCGUCGCUCGCGACUCUCGCCGGCCUCGCCGCCGCCCAGUCGUCCUCGGGCGCGCCCCUCGGGUACGGCCGCUUCCCGUGCACCAAGGUCAAUGCCGACGGCACCUUCAGCGCCGACGCCUCGCUGUGCGCAGACGCCAAGCUCGUCGCGCCCGGCCUCGCUACGGGCAACGCCGGCGGCACGCAGGGCGACGGCGUCAACCCGACCGGCGCCCAGUGCGUCCUCCAGGCCGAGACGGGCGCCUACUUCUGCGGCUUGGCCGGCGCGCAGUGCACGAGCGACGCCAACUGCGACAACGGCCACUGCGUCGAGGGAACCUGCCAAGGCGGGUUCGCCCAGUCGUGCUCGCAGAAGGACACGAACUGCCUCGGCUUCCUCUACUGCUUGAAGCCCGACUACAAGGUGACGGCGAGCGACACGUGCGGCGGCAUCGGCGCGUUCUGCAACGACGCACGGUCGGCGUCGCUCGACAUGCAGGCGAGCGAGGCGCAAGAGAUCUUCGACGGCUUCUGCCAGUCCGGGUACUGCAACUUUGGCACGGCCCAGUGCGACACCAAGAAGGGGCUCGGCGAGUCGUGCGAGUCCGACCCGACGUACGGCUGCGCGACGGGCCUUUCGUGCGACGCCUCGUCGCUCAAGUGCACGCGCUCGCUCGGCGGCAGCGAGCCCUCGGCGCCCGGAGCGUCGCAGCGCGCGAGGAGCCGCUCGCGCAGGGCCGUCGCGCAGGGCCACCAGGCCGUCGUCGUCGCGCGCGCGCACCCGGGCGCAGGACCGGCGGCGCGCUCACUGUGCCCGGCGGGGCGGCAGGCGUGCGCGCUCGCUGUCGGCCUCGGCGGCGCUGGAGCGGCAGGGUUCGAGUGCGUCGACACGACGAGCGCGCUCGAGCAGUGCGGGGCGUGCGCGGCGCAGGGCGGCGUCGACUGCACGGCGCUGCCCAACGUGGCGGCCGUCGGGUGCGUCCAGGGUGUCUGCGAGGUCUGGGCGUGCGAGGACGGCUUCUUGUUCGACCCCAUCUCGACCGCGUGCGUCGCAGAGUAG